UAAUGACGUCACAAGCUCGCGACAGGAGAGGAAAACUAUUAUUGUUACUGUAUGAAACAAAUGGAUUUAACUGAAGUCUGAGGUUCUGUUUCUGUAAAUAAAUAAAAUAAAUAAUCUUUGAAACACGGAUCAGACUUCGUGGCUUCCAGCAGCUCCAUUCUGGACACACUUCUGCUGAGGGCCGGUGUUCUGCGGAGGAAUCUGACAACAAAUGUGCAACACAAGAAAAUACCCAACAUGACUUUCAUCAUCCAGCAGAAUCUGUGAGGCCCGCUUUAGAUCCAGGACCGAACCCCCACCCCUCCUGCAACAUCAGUUUCAGGUUAAAUGUUGGUAAAAUGUCAGAAUCUCAACAUUUAAACUGAGUUGGUUAUGGAGGUGCUGACCUCUGACCCCUCCACCAUGAGCUCCCGGGCGUGCCGGACCUGUGGAGGGUCCGACAUCGAUGUGGACCAGGCCCGGGGCAGCGCUGUGUGUACAGGCUGCGGUUCUGUUCUGGAGGACAACAUCAUUGUGUCAGAGGUCCAGUUUGUUGAGGGAAGUGGAGGCGUGUCGUCCACCGUGGGACAGUUUGUCUCUGCUGACGGUCCAGUUAAAGCACCGCUCCUUGGUUCUGGUUUUCACAUCAGUGUUGGAAAGGAGUCCCGAGCCCAGACCCUGCAGAACGGUAAGCGUCACAUCCAGCAACUCGGCAGUCAGCUGCAGCUCAACCAGCACUGUCUGGACACAGCCUUCAACUUCUUCAAGCUCGUAGUCAGCAAACAUCUGACCCGUGGGCGCAAGAUGGAGCACGUCAUCGCUGCCUGCCUCUACCUGGUGUGUCGCACUGAAGGAACACCUCACAUGCUGCUGGACCUGAGUGACCUGCUGCAGGUAAACGUUUACAUUCUGGGAAAGACAUUCCUGCUGUUGGCGAGGGAGCUCUGCAUCAACGCACCGGCCAUCGACCCCUGCCUCUACAUCCCUCGCUUUGCUCACAUGUUGGAAUUUGGUGAGAAAACUCAUGAAGUUUCCAUGACGGCUCUUCGUCUUGUUCAGAGGAUGAAGAGGGACUGGAUGCACACUGGUCGCAGGCCUUCUGGUCUCUGUGGAGCUGCUCUCCUGGUCGCAGCUCGGAUGCACAAGUUUCGUCGGUCAGUGAAGGACGUGAUCGGUGUGGUGAAGGUGUGCCAGACAACUCUGAGGAAGAGAUUAACAGAGUUUGAGGACACACCCACCAGUCAGCUGACCAUCGAUGAGUUCAUGAGAGUAGAUUUGGAGCAGGAGUGUGACCCCCCUUCCUUUACUGCAGGACAGCACAAAGUCAAGAUGCAGCAGCUCGAGCAGGAACUGGCCAAGAAACUUGAUGAAGUACAAGGAGAAAUCAGCUGCUUCAAAGAUGAAAUAGAAACAGAGUUGGAGAAGAGUCGCCCCAAACUGAGAGGAGUCUACGCCGCCUACACCAAAGAAACAGCCCCUGAGGAGGAAGAGGUCCUGUCCUCCGCAUCUGACCCAGAAGAGAUGGAGGAAACCGAGCUGCGGGCGGCCACUCAGCAACUGGCCCAGGACUUCCUGUGCCAGGUGAUUCAGGAAGAAGAGGGGCAGGGCAAGACAGCAGAUGAAGGUUUCUGUGAACAAGAGGUGGAGCCAGAAAAGUUUGGGACAAGGACACAUGCUCAGGUCACCCCUCUGUCUAUCAUCCUGGGAAAGCUGCCAGGCCAGUCCAGGCCAGGCCUCCAGGAAAGCCUUCAAUUCUUGGACGAGUCAGAAACAGGUCUGAAAGCAGAUGACGAGUCGUCACAGAAUGGGGAGCUGGACCUGAAAGGAAUCGACGAUCAGGAGAUUGAAAAGUACAUCCUGAAUGAGCAGGAGGUUCAAGUGAAGACAGAGCUGUGGAUGAAACAGAAUGAAGAGUACCUGAAGGAGCAGAAAGAGAAGGAAGAGAGAAUAAACAAGGAGAAGGAGCAGGGCACAUACAAGGAGAGGAAGAAGACAUACAAGAAACGCGAGCAGAUUGAGGCGUCGACCGCAGGCGAGGCCAUUGAGAAGAUGUUGGAGAAGAAGAAGAUCUCCAGUAAGAUCAACUACGAGGUCCUUAAAGACCUGAACGGGGUGACAGGAAGUCCCAGCACUGUGACCUCUAAGCCACUAGAGGGCACAGCCACAAGAAAACGACUCAGCCGCCGCCGCAGGAAGACCAUCGAGGUCAACCCUGACCUUUCUGUCAAUGCCACCAUCAUGGGCAAGAGGUUCCGCCGCCUCAUUUCUUCCACACCAAAGAAGAAGAAAACACCGCUCCAGGUGGAAACUGCUGUCACCAUGACAACAGAAACAACAGAAGUUGAAGCGGCACCAGCUCCUGAUGCUGUACCAGACUCAGACUCUGCAGCCCCAGCUGCUCUGCCCCCUGCUGAGGAGGAGGAGGAAGAGGAGGAAGAGGUGGAGGAAGUGGAGGAAGAGUGUGUGAGUGCACUGCAGCUUGUAGGAGAUUACGGUUGUGAGGAAGAGGAAGUGUUUGAGCUUCACCCCGCUGACCUUUGAUCCAAGUGAAUAACCUCCAUUAAGGCUGAAGACAUCGAAGCGAUCAUUUUCAGAUCAAUAACUGAAUCGAUCACAAAAGCAUCAGGACACCUCAGUGUUUUUAUUGAUCACUGGUUGAUGUAUCGAUAGUUUGUCUGUCUGUCUGUUCGUUUGUUUGUUUGUUUGUUUGUUGAUGUAAAAUUUGGAUCUACAGAAGCCCAACAGGACCAAAACCACUGGACUUCAUGUUUUUGGUUCUGCUGGGCCUCCAAAGAAACCAGAGGCCUAUUGCACGAAACUAGGAUAAGGGAUUAACCUGGGAUUUUUGUGUAAACCUGAAUUAAUUAAGCCUUGAAUCGGUUGCAUUAACUACAAAGCACUUAUGUCUCUGUGGUAACAAGUGCUCUGAAACUAACCUGGUCCCGAGCAGGUUUAAAGUGAAGCUUUUUUUAAUCUGUUAAUGUUUUU